AGCAAAGGAGAUGGCUCAUGUGAUGAAGGAAUAAAAGAGAUGGUAGACGACUCCCAGAUCAAGCGUGCUCACAAACGUACGGGGCGAUUGUCAGCUCUCGGCGCAAGGUUGCGCUGUUGGGAAUUUGAAGUCGCACACCAUAGCGUUUGAAGCGAAAGCAGUGCCAGUCGCAAAGAUGGGUCGGUUUUCGUUGGCCUUGGCCGUUGCCAGCUUGGUCGUCCUGGCUUGCGCCCUCCAUGUCGCAGAUGCCAAGAAGCCAUGUGCCUGCGCCCCUGGGACGAAGCGCUGCUGUAAGGACGGUCCCUGCCUCAAGUGCUGCAAGGAUUGUGAUUGCGGCCCCGGGAAGAAGUGCGUCAACGGGGAGUGCAAGCCGUCGUGCGGCUGCCCGGCUGGACUGAAGCGAUGCUGUAAGGACGGCCCCUGCGUGAAGUGCUGCAAGGACUGCGAUUGCCCCAAGGGGCACAAGUGCGUCAAGGGACAGUGCAAGUCCCCUUGCGGCUGCCCGACUGGGCUGAAGCGCUGCUGCAAGGACGGUCCCUGYGUGAAGUGCUGCAAGGAUUGCGAUUGUCCCAAGGGGCACAAGUGCGUCCACGGAAAGUGCAAGCCCUCGUGCUGCCCCAAGGGACUGAAGCGCUGCUGCACGGACGGUCCCUGCGUGAAGUGCUGCAAGAACUGCGAUUGUCCCCGUGGGCAGAAGUGCGUCAGGGGACAGUGCAAACCCUCGUGCGGCUGCCCGCUUGGACUGAAGCGCUGCUGUAAGGGCGGUCCCUGCGUGAGGUGCUGCAAGAAUUGCGAUUGUCCCAGCGGUCAGACUUGCGUCAAGGGACAGUGCAAGCUUCCAUGCUGCCCCAAGGGACAGAAACGUUGUGUGCCCUGCGGUCCGUGCAAGAAGUGCUGCAAGGAUUGUGAUUGUGCCCAGGGAGAGAAGUGUGUCCUGGGAGAGUGCAAGCCUUGUGGAAGUGCAACGGUCACAAGUGCAACGGUCUCGCUCUCGCCAAUUGAGCCAACUCCAUGAGGGAAGUGCUGCAAUGAUCAUCAUGGUGGGCGCUGGAUGAAGUGCGGUCAGUGACAGUGCAAGCCUGUGUGAGGGCAAUGAGCGGCGUCCCUUGUCCGUUCGGUAGAACGGUAAAUGCAGCGUAAUUGCUUUCCGUUGAGCAGCAUUAGUAGAAACAGACGUUGCGGUAGUGCUGAUGCUGAGUCUGCAGUACGCUUUGUUGCAAACGAGCUUGCUUACCUUACUAUGGUUCUGAACUACCCGCGGGCUCUACAACUUGGGUUGAACGAUCUGACAGGUUUAGCGGGUCGGUUUCCUUCGUAGGGAACAAUUAUAGAGGAUCGAGGUUGAUCUGCAUUCCCCAUGAUUGCCACUAUUAGGUUACAGUCUUCGGUUUUCACGAGUCGUGACAAAGUAGAACUAGGCUCAUCACCAACAGCCGAGCCGCUGAAGUUCGGGCUUCCAACAGCGGGAGCUCUGGAAAAGGCGUAGAUGAAGAUCCCACUGCUGGUCGUCACGAACAAUCUUUCGGAGAAUAUCUCCGAGACUCCUGUUCGUGAUCUCGGUCUGACCAUCAGUCAGAGGAUGGUAAGACGAGGAGAAGCGGAGCUGAGUGUCGUACACCUCGUAGAGCUGUCACUAGAAUCGGCUGGUAAAGCGUGGGUCACGGUCAGCUAUGAUGCUCAGAGCGAGGACUGCGCGGAAUCUCCUGGUGAGAUGUGGAUGACCGGUGGGGGGGUAAGCCCCCUGAUGUCCACCAAGAGGGGGAUGGAAGGAAGAGGGGAGGCCAGGACCGGCAGCCAGGCGGCCGUGCACGGGGGGGAUUGCUGCAUUCCCAUGCAGAAUGGAAUGGCGGGGGGGUUGUUUAGCGAAGGUCUGCUACCGGCCCUUGAUGUACUGCCAGUCAUCAUCACAGGUUGCUGCUGGGCGGGGGCAGGAGGAGGAGGGGGAGGAGAAGGAGGGGGAGGAGAAGGAGGGGGAGGGGGAGGAGGAGGAGGGGGGGCGCCGUUCCCGGGUUGGAUAUGCUGGAAAUUGAGCGUGGUUUGGCCCUGCACUUGGGUGUUAUGGUUCCUCUUCCGAGCCGCGGCGCGCGGAGAGCUGAGCGGGACCCUCAUAGGUUUCUCGGGAAUCCGCAGCGAUCAAAUGGAGAGGGCUCCGAGGUACGAGGCGGAGCGCGGACUCGAUGUGCCUGGCACGGGUGGUGUGAGGGGAGGAGAGGCGGGGCGGCAGCCCGUGGAGGGAGCGUCAGGAGGGGUCGGGGGAGAUGGUGGAGGUGGAGACACGGAGGAGGGCGCGAUCGACGUCGAUCGCGAGGUGCGUGUCCCGAGCGAGCAGAGAGUCUCGGGACACGAGGACGUGCCUGAGGUUUAUCCAGGCACUGGGGAGAGGAUGGAGGACUUUUUGAGGCGAGCAGCCAAGGGACCUGUAGGGGAGGGUACUUCCAAGAGGAAGGAAGGUGGAACAGAUCCGGCCGCUGCCCCAGCUGGGAAGAGGCUUCGCCAACAGAAGGUGACUGAUGUCUACGGUGGCGAGUGGGUUGCUCGCCACAAGAAGGCAUUCCUUCACUGGCUCUAUUCCAGCGGGGUCCUUUUCAAUGCCUUCCUUAACCACGCUUGGAAGGCAUACCAGCAGGUCCUUCUUGAGCAGCCUGGCAGUUCCCCGCGCGCUGUGCUCCCCAGCCACAGCGAGAUUGCGAGUAUGCAGGCGGUGGAGACCCACCGUGAGGAGCUGGCGAUGGAGUUGGAGGAGGUGAGGCAGCCAUUCUGGAUCACUGGUGCCACCCUCCUCUCCGACGGGAGGAAAUCACGAGACGGGAAACCGAUCGUGAAUUUCCUUGCCACCGGCUCGCGAAGGGCCGUCGUGUACACGACGGUCAAUCGUGAGAGCGAGCCAGACGAUGCAGUGCACGUCCUUCAGAGAUCGGUGACCAUCUUGCACGAGUUCAGUUUUGGCGGCCCGCAACGACAUGUUGAGUACUUUUCGGGCGAGGUGAGGGAUUACCCUCGUUGGCUUGUGAGGCAAGCCAAGAGGUACAUUUUCACGCAGACGGACUACAAGGAGGAUGGUGUGGAGUACAUCAUUGCAUGUCGACAGUUUGAGGACUUCCACAUGCAGCAGGGCACAUUUGGGGAUUGGGGAGGGGGGGACGGGAGUGCUCGUGGGCGUGCUUGCAGUGGCAACAGGGAGACGAUUGAGUGCGCGUCCUGGUGGUCUCAGUACGGGUCUGGCACACCUGAGUUGCAGCGCUGCGCUCUUCGUGUGAUGCACAUGUGGUCUUGCGCCUCUCCAGCGGAGAGAAACUGGGCAGUCCACGAGGGCAUUCACACAAAGAAGUGCAACCAGUUGGCCUUUGAGAAGGUCGUUCAGCUUGUUGAGAUCACCGCAAAUGUGCGGUUGUCGGAGUAUCGGCGGGCUAGGUGCAGUUAUGUGCUGCCAUGGCAGCGGGACGAGGGCAUUCUAGACUGCCAGGCCGGACUGGAGUUGGAGCCAGUGCGCACGGGCACACGCAGGGGGAUGACGUCGGAGGAGAUUGUCCGUCAGGUUGCGCUUAUCACCCGGGAUCCUAUCGGGGUCUCCGCACCACUCGCCGCUGAGGCCGUAUUCGGUAGACGUGCUUCCAUUUUCUGUCCUUACCCCAGGGAGGAUGAUUCCGACGAGGAGCCGGUACCCGAGGCAGCGGACCACCCCGCGCUCCGCAUUCCCCGUGAGAUCGACGAGACGCACGAGUCUCCCGAGGAGGAGACCAGGGCGCAUACUGCACGACGGGCGGCGGACAGGUUGGAGAGGGAGAUGAUGGGGGGAAAGGAGGAGUUGUGGGGACCGUUCGGGGAGGUCGCUUCCACGGGCGGCACAGGAGCGCGAGCGACGAGGCCCGCUCCGACGAGGCCGGAGUCGGCCCGCUCCUCUGUCUAUCGGUACCUGGUUGUCGGCCAGAAGGUCGACAGCAGGGGGGUCAUGAUGCUCCGUUGCACGUUUUGCAACAAAGUUUUCCAAGGGACCCAAUUUCGGGCCACGAGGCACUUCUCGCAGACUAACUACUGGAAGGACGUCAGCGACGAGGCGUUGUACGAGAUUGCUCGACGGACUCAACAGAAGUUCGAGGCCGAUCAGAUGGAGAGGGUUGCCAGGUAUGCAGCGGAGCGCGGACUCGAUGUGCCCGACACGGGUGGUGCAAGGGGAGGAGAGGCGGGGCGGCGUCCGGCGGAGGGAGGGGUCGGGAGAGAUGGUGGGCAUGGUGCGGCAGACCCCACUUUGGGUGGUGGAGGCGGUGAGACGGAGGAGGGCGUGAUCCACGUAGAUCGCGAGGCGCAUGGCCCGGGUGAGGAGGGAGUCCCGGAACAGGAGGACAUGCCAGAGUUUUAUCCAGGCAUUGGGGAGAGGUUGGAAGACUGGCGGAGGCGAGCAGGCAAGGGAGCUGCAACGGAGGGGUCUUCUAAGAGGAAGGAAGGAGGAAGUGAUCCGGCUGCCACCCCAGUAGGGAAGAGGCUUCGUCAGCAGAAGGUGGCUCAUGUCUACGGUGGCGAGUGGGUUGCUCGCCACACGAAGGCAUUCCUUCGCUGGCUGUAUUCCAGAGGGGUCUCCUUCAAUGCCUUCCGCAACCAGGCGUGGAAGGCAUAUCAACAGGUGCUUCUUGAGCAGCCUGGCAGUUCCCCGCGCGCAGUGCUCCCCAACCACUGCGAAAUUGCGAGUAUGCGGGCGGUGGAGACCCACCGUGCAGAGUUGGCGGAGGAGUUGGAGGAGGUGAGGCAGCCAUUCUGGGUGACUGGUUGCGCUGUUGGGAAUUUGAAGUCGCACACCAUAGCGUUUGAAGCGAAAGCAGUGCCAGUCGCAAAGAUGGGUCGGUUUUCUGCGGCCUUGGCCGUUGCCAGCUUGGUCGUCCUGGCUUGCGCCCUCCAUGUCGCGGAUGCCAAGGCGCCAUGUCCCUGCGCUCCUGGGACGAAGCGCUGCUGUAAGGACGGUCCCUGCCUCAAGUGCUGCAAGGAUUGUGAUUGCGGCCCCGGGAAGACGUGCGUCAAGGGAGAGUGCAAGCCGUCGUGCGGCUGCCCGGCUGGACUGAAGCGAUGCUGUAAGGACGGCCCCUGCGUGAAGUGCUGCAAGGACUGCGACUGUGGCCCAGGGAAGAAGUGCGUCAAGGGCGACUGCAAGCCCUCGUGCUGCCCCGAAGGACUGAAGCGCUGCUGCAAGGACGGUCCCUGCGUGAAGUGCUGCAAGGAUUGCGACUGUCCCAAGGGGCACAAGUGCAUCCAGGGACAGUGCAAGUCCCCGUGCGGCUGCCCGACCGGGCUGAAGCGCUGCUGCAAGGACGGUCCCUGUGUGCAGUGCUGCAAGGAUUGUGACUGUGGCCCCGGGAAGACGUGCGUCAAGGGAGAGUGCAAGCCCUCGUGCUGCCCGCUUGGACUGAAGCGCUGCUGUAAGGACGGUCCCUGCGUGAAGUGCUGCAAGGACWGCGAAUGUCCCAAGGGGCAGAAGUGCGUCAACGGACAGUGCAAGUCCCCGUGCGGCUGCCCGACUGGACUGAAGCGCUGCGUUCCACUAGGUGCAUGCGUGAAGUGCUGCAAGGAUUGUGACUGUGGCCCCGGGAAGACGUGCGUCGACGGAGAGUGCAAGCCCUCGUGCUGUCCCAACGGACUGAAGCGCUGCUGUAAGGAUGGCCCCUGCGUGAAGUGCUGUAAGGAUUGCGAUUGUCCCAAGGGGCACAAGUGCGUCCACGGACAGUGCAAGCCCCCGUGCGGAUGCCCGCCUGGAUUGAAGCGGUGCUGUGAGGGCGGUCCCUGCGUGAAGUGCUGCAAGGAUUGCGAUUGUCCCAAGGGGCACAACUGCGUCAAGGGACAGUGCAAGCUUCCGUGCUGCCCCAAGGGACAGAAGCGCUGUGUGCCCUGCGGUCCGUGCAAGAAGUGCUGCAAGGAUUGUGAGUGUGCCACCGGGGAGAAGUGUGUCCUGGGAGAGUGCAAGCGCCCGUGCGCAAGCGCAGCGGUCACAACUAUCAACAAGUAAGCCAUGACGGAAGAAGCGCUGUAAUGGGCGUCAUGGUGGGCGCUCGGGAAGAAGUGUGUUCACUGACGGUGCAACCUACCUUGCGUGCACACAAUGAGUGGUGAACGGAUUGGUGCAGCACAAUUGCUUUUCGUGUAGCACCAUUAGCAGAAGCGGACGAAGCGCUGAGGCUGUCUGCAGUACGCAUUGGUGCAAGUCAGCUUGCUUACCUUACUCUGGUUCACAACAACCGCGGGCUCGACAACUUCGGUUGAAGAUUUGACAGAUUUAGCGGGUAGGUUUCCUUCGUAGGAAACAAUAGAGGAUCUGCAUCCGCCAUGGUUACCGUGUUCGGUUUUCAUGAGUCGUGACAAAGUAGAACUAGGCUCACCACCAACAGCCGAGCCGCUGAAGUUCGGACUACCAACACCGGGAGUUGUGCAAAAGGCAUAGUGCACAGAGCGACGGCAGUGUGCUCUUGGUUUCCCUCGCAGUCAUGGGUGACCAUCUAUGAGGCCUUGACACGGCUGUCCGUAAUUGGCUGGUACAGAGAGGAGUCCGACCCUGUUCCUGUUUUCAGAUUGUUAGCCUUCACCCCAGCAGAUCGAGCCGUAUCUGCUUUAUUCCUUGCUCUCUUAACAACAAUGAAAUUAACUUCUCAUU